CUGGCUGCUGUAUUUUCGAUGCUGUCACUGCUACUACUUCUCUCGUUCAUAGUGGAUUCAGUGUUGAUAGCGUUAAUAUGGAACCGUUCAUCACUUACGAAACCUCAAUGGCUGCCAUUCCUGCCAGCGAAAAUGUAACAAUACCAGAGAGGACCCUAAUCUCUUGUUCCAACAACGACAGCGGUUAUACGACAGCCAACUGCACUGAACAACAAUCAUACACCAUUACACCGUUAGUAACACCUCUUUAUAUCAAACUCUACGUUGGUUUACUGAACGGGAUCAUAUUUUCUCUUGGUGUCAGCGGUAAUAUAUUCGUUAUAUUUAUUGUACUCAGCGUGAAGGAGAUGCGUACACACACCAACUUCUGUCUAAUCAACCUCAGUUUCACCGACCUAAUCUAUCUACUUGUUUGCCAACCGGCCGCCGUUCUGGAUUUUUACCAAGAAGAAAAGUGGACAUUGGGAGAAUUCAUGUGCAGGUUUGUGUACUUCCUGGAAAACCUGAGCACCAGUACAACCAUCUUAACUAUCAUAGCCAUCAGCUUGGAGCGAUAUUUUGCAAUUUGUCAUCCAUUAUUAAAUUACAGCAUGUUUAGCGGCUCCCGGGUCACAAAAGUGAUUUUGGCAAUAUGGUUAUUGGCUGCCUUAGUGUGUUUUCCUUUCCUGCUGACUUCAGAGCUGAAAGAAUCGUCAUUCCAUGAUGGCAGUGAAGGAUAUAUCUGCAUCAAUGACAUCCAUUUGAUAUGGCAGCAUAUCUAUCUGUGGGUGAUUCUUUUGCUGUUCUUUAUUCUCCCACUUUUCCUGCUGAUUAUUCUCUAUCUUCGAAUCAUCUGCACUUUGCUCAGUCAGACUCUUCAGGGAGCAGCCGACACUAGAAAGAAUUGUGCUUCGAUGAAGUCACGAAAGCAGGUCGUCUACAUACUGGCUACGGUGGUUACCAUGUUCUUUCUCUGCCUGGUGCCACUGCGGAUCCUGAUUCUGUGGAAGAUCUACGCUCCUUAUGAACAACAUAAGUCUCUGCCGUUCGUGUCGUACCUCAACAUCCUGCAUACGGUUCGACUGCUAACAUACUUCAACAGUGCCUGUAACCCUAUCAUCUAUAACCUGAUUUCCACCAAAUUCCGAGCAGCUUCCAUGUCAGUGCUCCGAAGGUGUCGAAGCAAAGACCAGUACAUGAGCUCCAACACAAAUCGUUUGGGACGGAUCGGAAAAAAGGGGAUUUGUGGCACGAAUCAAGACAAAGCUUGCGGUGGUUGCGCUAAGGGUGGCCAUCGCAUUGGAGGUGGUGAGAUUGGUGGCGGUGCUGGGGGUGUCGGUGGCACUAGUGUCGGGCAGGGCAGUGGUAGUAUUACUACAGGUCUUACUGCGAGUAGCACGAUAGCUUAUCAAGGUGGCUGCCAUUAUCACUAUACGGAGGAUAGUAAUUCGUUUUAUGACACGGAACGUUCCAAGAUGUCAUCCACGAUACUGUGAGAUGUUACCUCUUUUUCAAUAAUAUAUAUAUAUAUUUAUACACACACACACACACACACACACACA